AUGAAAAAGACUAACAUUCUGCAUCGUAUAAAUGUAGCUGUUGAGAUUGACGCUCCUUUCAAAUUCAAUAUAACUUGUAAUUUCAUUUUACAAGAUGGAACAAAGCCGGGCUGUGACGAUUACAUUGUGUCUUAUAACGAUAAAAAUACAUACGUGUCGGAAUUUUACACAACAGAUUCUGAUUUUAUGUUCUCUAGUGAUGGGAUCCAAGAUAUUGAAUUUUUCUUUUAUCUAACUAAUUCUACGAUAAAUUCUCUUGACUUGUUUGAUACUUUGAAUGUUAAUCUGAUAGCUCAUGAUUCAAGUUUGUUAAAAAAUUUAUUUGAAAAUAAAAGCUAUAAUCCCGAUUUGCUUGCACAACUUGUUAAAAAGAAUCUAUAUGUUCUUUCUCCAUAUCAGUUGAAUCAAAUUAGUUUCCAACAAUACAAAAAUGAAAGUAUUGCGGCAACUCCAAAAAAUAUUUUUGGUAUUCCUCGAACUGACUAUGAGCGUGAUAUUGAUGUUAUGACAACAUUUCAAACGUACAAUUUUCCAUCAACGGAUCUCACGAAUCUAACGCAUCCAACGGAUCCAAAAUUAUUAUUUUAUACAUAUUUGGAUUUAACACUGUACACAUACGAAGAACCAAAAAUUGGACAAAAAAAAAACAUUGAUUUACUAGGCAUUCUUAGUGCUCUUGGUGGCGCUAUGAGCGGUUUUUCUGCAGCUUAUGUCUUUCUUUUUGGUAUCGAACGAGUAAAACCAUGGGGACUCUGUCAAAGAAUUUUCAGAAUCAGAGACCCAAUUCAAAAGAAACUAUAUAAAACACUUGGCCCAAAACUACCAUUUGUCAAUGUCAAUGAGAAUGACAAGGACGAAAAAAUGCCAGUUUCUUUGGAAGAACUUCAAAACCGGCUAAAUAAUUUAGAACUUUUCUUGCGUGAGUAUAUUAUUGAUCAUUCGUAUCUUGCUGAAGCUCAGAAAAACGUAGAAGAUGGGAAAGUUAAAGUUUGA